AUGGGAGAAACGAGUUGUGACGACCACGACGUAAUCAGCAAUCUCCCAGAUGAGCUGCUAUGUUCAAUCAUCUCACUAAUUCCGGCGAAAGAAGCCGUGGCAACAACCACCUUGUCUACCCGGUGGAGCCACCUCUGGAGGUCCGUUUCUCGCCUGGAUUUCGACCCGAAAAAGCCGGACACGGAUGAAUUUAUUCGAUUGAAAAUCAUCGAACACGUAGUGUCCUCUCAAAGGGCUAAUGUAACAUCCUGCCGGAUUACUCACUCUCCGGAGGAUUGGUCGUCCGGGGAGUUGUCGGCAUUGAUCGACCGCCUCAAAGCCAUAGAAGAUCUCGGACUCACCAUGAGGAAGUACUUUCGCGGGACUGAGUUACCGGCUAGUGCCUUCCGUUCCCAAACUCUCCGUGUCCUCGAACUCACAAGGUACCAGCUCGUAGAAGAGUCCGUGGUGGCUUUUGAAGGUUGUGUGAAUCUCACAACUCUAAAACUGAAUAGGGUUAAAUUUUCAGCCCCUGAUCUUGUUUCCAAAAUCAUAUCUAACUGUGGAUUCUUGGAGAAUUUGAGCGUGAUUUCUUGUAUUGGAUUAAAUGAUCUUAAGAUUUAUGAUCAGAGGUUGAAGUUUUUGGAACUCCGGAACUUAAACCUAUUGAAGAUGGAUAUAUGUGCCAAGGGUAUCACUGUACUAGUGCUUGAUGAAGUUGAUUUCUAUCAAUCCAAAAGAUUUUAUAUUCACUGCCCAAGUCUCACAGUGUUUCGAGUUUAUUGUAAAUGUUUCACAAAUUCAGAGAUUCUCGAACGUUGUUGUGGUCUCGUGGCCAACCGAUAUUCUAGAGAAAGAGAUCUUCCAUAUCAUGGGUCUAAGUUUUGGGGAAAAGCAGAGUUGUCGGAUUGUAUAACGCACAAGCUCAGGGUAGUGUGGAUAAGGGGUUUUGCAGGAAAAGAGAGAGAAAUGAGAUUUGCUUCUCAUCUCAUCAAUUAUGCUACUAUGUUGCAGAAAAUUGUGAUACAAUGCGACGAUAAAUGUUCACCGGAAGGAGUAGUGACAACGAAGGGGUUGCUAUCACUUUCAAAGGCCUCCAGGAAUGCUUUUGUUAUCCUGAAACCAGAGCGCUUGUUUACUACCAAAGUUGAGAUUAAGGUUGAGGUUGAUGAUCAUUUUGAACACUCCUCAGAUAGUGAAUGUGGAAAUUUGCCCCCGACAAAAGGCAGUCGAACUCAGCUAAGCAAUAACCCAAAAAAACAAAAAACAAUGUAG